AUGGCGGCUCCAUCUUCGUCUGUCAACACUGGCAGUAGCCGGCAGCUUCUGGCUUUGAUCCAGAAGAACAUUCUGCUUACUGUGUUUCGAAGACCACUUGGUUUUCUUCUAAUGUUCUACGGGUUCCCACUCGCCAGCCUUGCGCUCUUGCUAGCUAUUCCGUCCUUCCUCAACAGUUCAGGCAACUUUGGUGUCUCUUCACCACAACCGAUCAAGGAUCUUGCUAGUGCUUUGGACAGGCAACUCGUCAUCAUCAAACCACCUAAUCUCGGCCCAGAUAUCGAUAGAGUUGUGGAGACUCUGAUCAAGCCGCUAGACAAGAAUAAAGUCGUUGUUCUGGACAGCGAACUGGACCUUCUCACUGUCUGCUUGGCUGAUGCGGCCGGUGUUAGCAAUUGUUUUGCCUCUGUCGGAUUUAUUGACUCCCCAGAGACCAAGGGAACCAGCCCAAAAAGUGCCACGGGUAGCAACCAUACCUGGCAAUAUACCCUACGUGUCGAUCCUGCCAAGAGCGACACCAAGUUUAAUGUGUUUACUCACAACACCGACACCGAAAAGACGCUUCUACCUUUACAGCUGGCUGUUGACAAUGCAAUCACCAAUCGUCAUGAUCAACCAAGCUCGAUUGGCUUCACCAGUUCAGACAAGAAGCGAAAAGAGGAGUUCGACAAAAAGCUGAAUCUUGCCCUAAUGGGGAAAAUCUACGGCUUCGCAUUAUUUGCCUGCUUCUACACAAUCAUUUUCCGUUAUGUGACUCUGGUCACCACCGAAAGAGACUCAGGCAUGUCUCAGCUUGUGGAUAGCAUGGGUGGCCGACUGGCUCCUGCUAUGAGAGCUUUGGGCUGGCUCAUAACCAUUGACGUCAUCACGUUGCCCUGCUACAUAUUAUUCGGUGUUCUAUACUGGCGUAUAGCGUUCCCCAGCUCUAGUUUGGCGCUUCUAGUUGGCUGGCAAAUAUUGCUGGGACUUGCCGUGAACGGCUCGGUAGCCUUCGCAGCCGCCUUCUUCACCAAGGCCCGUUUAUCGGCCAUCUAUGUCAUUGGUGCAUUUUUACUGCUCUCCGUCGCAGCGCAGGCGUACGGUUUCCAGUUAAACCCCCUUCCCCAACCUGCAGGAGCGUAUAUUCUGGCCUUGCUGUUUACUAGCUCCAAUGCUCUCUUCUUCACGCAACAAAUGAUUCUUUGGCAGUACGACUCCCUUCCUGCUACCAUCACUGAUCUACCAAAGCCGAAUAUGGGGUUGAACUCAUACUCGUACAAGAUGACGCAGGCUACAAUGUUAGGUCUUUUGGGCCUACAAAUUGUCAUCUUCCCUCUCCUUGCCAUCGCGACCGAAUACUAUAUGCAUGGCAUCAGUUUCAAGAGCAGGACAUUCAAGAUGGACUCAAACAAGUCAAAUGGUCUUGCGGUUCAGACUUUUGAUCUCAAGAAAACGUAUAGGCUAGGGUUUCUCAAGGGUCGACCUGUUGCGGCCGUGGACGGAAUCAACAUCCAUGGCUACCAAAGCCAGAUCUUGUGUCUAGCUGGGCCAAAUGGUUCGGGAAAGACAACUACGCUUCACAUGAUUGCGGGGCUUAUAGCGCCGACCGAGGGCAGCGUCAGCAUUGACGCCGAGCCAUCGCAAAUUGGCAUUUGCCCACAAAGGAAUAUAUUCUGGCCCGAGCUCACGGUCGGGGAACAUGUUCGGAUCUGGAGCAGAAUCAAGGGUGGCAGAGAAUCAGAGGAGCAGCUCACUGCUGUGAUCCAUUCUUGUGAUCUUGCCGCAAAAGUGGAACGCCAGGCGAAAACACUCAGCGGCGGGCAAAAGCGAAAGCUCCAACUAGCCUGCAUGUUUGUUGGCCACUCAACCGUGUGUCUGAUUGAUGAAUGCACUUCCGGUCUUGACCCUCUAUCACGUCGUGCCAUCUGGGAGAUUCUUCUGCAUCAAAGAGCCAAACGAACGAUUGUUUUUACGACUCACUUUUUGGAUGAAGUGGAUGUUUUGGCAGAUCACAUGGUGAUUCUGUCCAAGGGCAAAGUCAAAUGUCAAGGUGCCGUGGCAGAACUCAAGGGUCGCUAUGGUAAUGGAUACCAGGUCACUGUUGCAAACACCACCCACUCUGUCGAAACAGAGUAUCCAUGCCACGUUCACCAGGAUAGGCUAGUCUACAGAGUUCCCGAUUCACUUACGGCUGCAACGCUAUCUUCCACUUUCGCCGCGGCGGGCAUCACAGACAUUGCCCUGUCAGGACCGCAGAUCGAAGACGUUUUCUUGAAUGUUGCGGAAGAUGCCGAACUGGAAAACGCGACUGCGGAAUCCUUGAGUAGCCUUGAGCCGUUCAAAUUGGCGCCGAGUCGCUCGAUAUCAUUUUGGUCCCAGGUCGGAGCUCUCUACCGUAAGAGAUGGACAGUUCUCUGGCGAUUUUGGUGGCCAUACUUCUACGUUCUGGCCCUACCAAUCAUCAUCAUACCAUGCCUGAAUAGCUUUCUGAAAUCCUAUUUCCCGGAUCAUUGCAGGGUCCUGAAACCGAAGCUCUCAGCGCCCAUGUUGCUCCAGUACCCCGCUACCACCCAAUGCUAUGGGGAGUUCUUCUGCCCGCAGAUAUAUCUCGGAAACUUGCUGGCAAACGAAAGCAUGAGUAAGAUGACCUUGAAAAAUGUCUUUCAGGUAGCUGAAAUUGACUUGAAGUAUUACAAUGACCUCGUCAAUGUGUCCACCACGAUGGAGGAAUGGACUCGCAACCUCAACACUGCAAAGGAUGAGGAUAGAGGUGGCAUGUUCUUCCAGUCAGAGUCAGAUCCAGGAUUCAUAGCAUUUAAGCCAGAUCUGUCCGGAUACAUGCAGCAGUUGAUAAGCGCCGGUGGUGGUUCCGAUGAUGGCGAUGAAGAUGAAGAUGAUGGCAAUGUACCUCAGAACUCGGACCCUGGUCCCGUUCCUGCGGCAAUUUGGUCGUUCGCGCAAGGAACCGGAGUUGAAAUGAUGAAUCUGUACAGUCAGAUGAGGAGCGGAGUGCAAAUCGUUGUCAGUCAAGGGGGUUUCGCCCGAAAAAGAAAAGAGCCACUUCUGAACACAGCCGUUUUCUAUACCGUCUUUUUCUGUCUUGUCCAAGCCAUUUAUCCGGCUGCUUUUGUGAUGUAUCCUGCCACGGAAAAACUUCGCAUGGUGAGGUCCGUACAAUACGCGAAUGGUGUCCGCCGCGUGCCGCUUUGGUUCGCGUACGGCCUAUUUGACUUUUUGUUCGUCCUCAUCAUAUCGGCGGCUACUAGUGUGGUCAUGGCCUUUCAGGUUCGCUGGAUUGGGACAACUUGGAUUAUGCUACCUGUUCUAGUUCUAUAUGGACUGGCCGCAAUCCUGCAGAUGUACAUCGUCGCACACUUUGUCAACGGGCCGCUCAAAUCAUUCUUGACGGCAUUUGGGGUAAAUGUGGUGUUAUGUGCCAUUGCGGGAGUUGCAUUUGGGGUUGGCGACUCUGACGGAACAUCCCAGAACACGGACGCAAAGUCUCUAGGUAUUACAUUUGGAUUAUUUCUCAUCAUGCCUAUUGGCAAUGUCUUCAAGGCCAUGAUUGUUGGAUUCAACAUUGCCCACAUCCGCUGCCAAGGCAGCCAUCAGAUCGCCUCGAGCUCUAUUUACGCAUAUGGCGGACCCAUUCUGCUGCUGAUUGUGCAAAUACUCCUAUUACUAGGUGUAUUCAUAUUUAUCGAGGGAGAUGUCAGUCUGUUUCGAAAAAAAUCCAUCGAUGUGCCUUCGGAUCCCGAAACGGGCAUUAUUUGCACCGAUGAAAUCGAGGCGGAGCGAUUGCGUGUGGAAGGAAACGAUUCUGAUCUGCUACGCAUCGUGCACCUCGAUAAAAGGUUUGGGUCCAAUAAUGCCGUCAGUGACGUGACUCUCGGUCUUCCAAAAGGCGAGGUUCUGGCUCUUCUUGGACCUAAUGGCGCUGGAAAGUCAACACUGGUCAAUCUCAUCCAAUCCGACUUAUCCGCGGACUCUGGACACAUCUUUCUUUGUGGAGAAGACUCAAGAACCCAUAACGCACAGCUGCACUUGGGAGUCUGCCCUCAAUAUGACGCCAUGGAUAUGCUCAGUACUCGACAGCAUCUGGUCUUCUACGCGCGCAUCAAAGGUAUUGAGAAUGCCGAAGCUAACGUGGACCAUAUCAUGGCUCGACUUGGCCUUACUCCAUACGGAAAGAUGUCCGCGACCAAGCUGUCGGGAGGUAACAAGCGAAAGCUGAGUCUUGCUAUUGCGCUGAUUGGUACACCGCGGGUACUUGUCCUCGAUGAGCCAACCUCUGCGAUGGAUGCAGUGGCAAAGCGAUCUUUCUGGAGGAUUAUCCAGAGUGUUGCGCCGCAGCAUUCCGUUCUUCUAACAACGCAUAGCAUGGAAGAGGCAGAUGUGUUAGCCACUCGGGCAGCAAUCAUCUCUAAACGUCUUCUCACCGUUGGGACAACCCAAGCAUUGCGCCACAAGUACAGUAACCUGUACCACAUCAACCUCAUUCUUCGCUCCGCACCAUUGUCCAGCCUUGAAGAAAUGUGUGCUGCUCGGGAUUUUGUUGAGCAUAACGUACCAGGUGCAAAGUUAGAAAGAGACAUGCUAGGCGGUCAACUUCGCUUUACAGUUCCAGGGACUCCAUCUCAGGCCUCACGGACCUUGAAAGGCAAAACAUCAUGCUAUAAAGAGCUCAAUGUCGUGAGAGUCAUCAACCUGCUGGAGGAAAAUAAGGAGCGGUUGGGAAUGGAGUGUUACUCAGUAGCGGCUGCGACGCUGGAAAAUGUUUUUCUGAGUGUCGUGAAGGCAAACGACGUGCAGGAAGACGACAUUGCAUAUCAAAGAGGACGAAAACGGGCUAAAGCACGCUGUGGACUGUUUUAA